AAAUCGCUGUCGAUUCGUAAGACUCGUACACGUUUCUGUAUUUUUACUGUUUUUGUUUACUGCUCUACAAAUUCACUAGCAACGUUGAGUUGAGCUUCAGUUCCUCCGUUAUCUCGUCGAAUCUUUGUGGUGCUGUUGAUUUAGUGACUUAUAAGAGACAGGACUCAUUUUAGAGAUAGAACUCAUAUUUUGUGGAGUUAUUAUCUACUAGUGCCGUAAGGUUAAAUAAUGCCUAUUACCGUGUGUUGUGUCAACUCUUGUCUUGCCAAGGAUAUAGUAAUGUUUUACUUUCCUCGAGACAAAAACAUGCAAAGCCUUUGGCUUUCUUAUGUCGCUCCUCAUAGCCCAGAACUUCUUCAACUGACAUCGAAACAAUUAGCCAAAAAGAAGAUUUGUAUCAGGCAUUUCGAACAUCAAUAUCUUGACGGCUUCACGAGGAAAUACCACGGUUAUCCUACUCUACUGACUGAAGAAGAAAUAGCUUGUGGAGUACCCAGUCAAUCUAUCACUGACUAUUUUGAUCAUACUUACUGUAAAAGAAGGCAAGGUAUGGAAGAAGCAGCUCCUGAAAUAAUUAAAAAGCCAAAAUAUAGUAAAGAAUACAUGCUUGAUCCAACUCAGCUGGGCAGCGUGUGAAGAUUAUGACACAUCUUGUCAUAUAUACCUCAAAACUUGAAAACAAGAUUAUACAACCAGUGCAUAAUGCCAUUGAUAUCACGUGGAUCUGAGAUGUGGUCCUUCAUUGCUGGGCACAUUAGCUCAAGGUCACUUAGUGAGCUAUGGAGAGUUCUAAUGUUAAUUUAGAUGGUUCACAAAAUAGUAAAAGAGAAAAUACUGGAGAGACUUCUGUGUCAGAUGACAUCACCAUGUUGUCAAAGCCAUCAACUUCUCAGGAAAGUUAUUACAUCUCCAUGUCGCCAAAACCAUCAACUUCUCAGCAAAGUUAUGAUGUCCCCAUUUCACCAAAGCCAUUGACAACUCAACACAGUGAUAAAAACAAAUGUAUUAAGCUUGUAAAAAGUAGACCACGACUUGUAACCAAUAUUAACAACUUAACUCCAAGAUGUCGAAGGUUGUACUUUAAGUGUAAAGAUAUGAUUAAAAGAAAGCGAUUGUUUACAAGUAAUGAAGAUAACAAACAAAACAUUGCUCAUGCAGAAAUUCUUAGCAAUACCAAAAGUUUUAGAAAGUUAAUAGAAAAGUUAGAUUUCUUUCCAAAAAAGUUUAUAGCAUUGCAGCUGAGGUUUGCUGGCAAAGCUUCAAAAGGAAGAAGGUAUAAUAUUGAUGAAAAAUUAAUGAGCAUUGCACUGUAUAAACAGAGCCCCAAGGGAUAUUCCCUUCUACAAAAAUUAUUCUCUUUACCAACCAAAAGAACUCUGAAUAGAGUUUUACAAAAUAUUAACUUUGGAGAAGGUAUAAAUGAAAACUUUUUUGCAAUUUUAAAACAAAAAAUCAAAACAUGGAGUAAUGCAAAAAAACUGUGCAGCAUUGUUUUUGAUGAAGUUCAGUUAUCUGCACAUUUGAAUUUUGUUGCAAGCAAUGAUGAAAUUGAGGGGUUUGUUAAAGCAGAUGGGCCCCCAAAAUUUGCUGACCAUGCUUUGGUAGUGAUGCUCAGAGGUAUUUGUGCAUCAUGGCGACAACCAGUAGCUUACUAUUUUUGCCAAGGAACUACACCAGCAGCUACCUUGAAACAUAUUUUAAAGGAUAUGGUUAAGAAAGUAUUUGAAUCUGGAUUAAAGCCUUUAGCCUUCAUUUGUGACCAGGGAGCUACAUCACAGCGUGCUCUUAAAGAUCUUCAAGAAGAGACUAAGAGACAUUGUUUUCAAAAUAAUAUAAAAUUUGGUAAGCUUAAAAAAUAAUAUUAAAUACAUAUAAUAUACCUAGUAUUAUGUCUAUUCCUACUUUAAAAUGGGUUAAAUUAAACUUUUGAGUAUGGAAGGUUUUGGUUUUGAGACCAAAAGUUUCUGAAAACAUUUUAAUGAGUGAAAGCUAAAAUGCACAACUCCUAUAAAGUCUUCGAGUUGAGCACUUCACCUAUUUUUCUCUGUCUAAAAUUAUAAACCUUGUAAAAAUAAUAUCCCAUCAUUGUAAUGAAAUUUUUUUUUUGUAGAUGGUAGUAUCCUAAUUGGGGCAAGUAACUUAAGUGUGAUCUAUGACCCUCCACACUUAAUAAAAGGCCUACGCAACAACAUGUUGAAUAAGAAUUUAAUUUUUGAGGGAAAACUAACAAAAUGGGAAGACAUUGUAGAUGUUUACAACUAUGACUGUAAAUUAGGAAAUAUAAGAAUGCUCCCAAAAUUGUCAGAUGAGCAUGUUAUACCAGAAAAAAUAAAGAAGAUGAAAGUUAAGAACUGCACUCAAGUCUUCAGUGAACGUGUAGCUGCCACAAUGCAGUAUACAGCAACUUUUUGUAAGUUAACUACUGCCUAUUUUUUCAUUAAGCUUAACUUUAUUCAUAUUUUAACUAUGGUAGUCUUUUAAAGUGUUUUUGGCGAGUUCAUCAGGGUUUUUUUUAUAGGAUAAGGGUGACAAACGAGCACACAGUCCACCUGAUGGUAAGUGGUUUCUGUGGCCCAUAGACAUCUACAUUUAUCCUCGAUUACGAAUCAAAAUGCAGAUGCGUUGUCACCCGUGAGACUAAGAUGGAAUGCCUCAUUUCCAGUAAAAAGGACCUCCGGCCACCUGCACUCACCAAGCGAAACGCAGAGGUAUACCUAUACUUCAUGCUGGUUUUCUGUGAGGUCGUGGUACCACCCUUGUUCAAGCCGGCCCAUCCGUGCGAAAGCAAAAGCUGCCGCGUAGCUCUACCACUGUUAAAAAUUAUUAUAUAUAUUUUAAAUAUUAAAUUAUUAAUUUCAUAAAAAAAUAUUUUGUAAUAAACAUGAGUAAAGAAUGCCUGUUACAUGUAAGUAAAUACAUCAUGUAAAAGUAAUUCUAAUUUCAUGUUUUUUGUUCCAGCUCAGCGACAUGACGGAACACAAAUCAGUG